AUGACUGUUGUUUCUAACCUCUCUUUUAAUGGGCACCCAACUGUUCUUCUUACAUAUGCUACUAGUAGUGGUCCUCUUGAAUCUGAAGUUGUUCUGAGAAGAGAUAUCACAAACAUCACUAUUGUUCCUAGUCAGAGAAAUUCUUUCUGGCCUGUUGCUUCAAGACAAAGGCAACAGCACAUAUUUGCUGAAAUAGGACUUAUUAACUAUCGUGGAAUACAUAUUGAUUGGUUAACAGCUCAGCAAGCAAGAGAGAAAGUUAGGCUUUCAACUCUCUCAAUUGUUAGUGAUAAUACUGAUGGUUUAGGAAUAGAUGACCUUCUUGCAGAUAUUAGCAAUAUUGAACUUAAUGAUCUAGAACCUACAUAUUUAAGAGAAAAUACUGAUCUCAAGCCAGCUAGAUAUAAAGUUGCUUACAACAUACUUCAUGUUGGUGAUGAGUUCUUAGUUAGUUAUUACUUCCUAUAUACUUUUAGAGGAUUACCUUCCUACUAUCUAGAUAUUUCUAUGAUUCACAAUGAAAUAGUUAGUAGCACUCAUACACUUAUCAAAGUACUGGCAAGUAGUCUAUUUGGUGAAUGUAUUGCUUCUGUUAUUGGCCAACCAAAUCAAGAAGUGGUGCUUAAAGUAACUAGAAUUCAUAUUUGUAUUAUCCAUACUGAGAGGAUCUAG